AUGCCCGUGGGAGGCAGCAGUAAAGGGGGCCUGGGAGCGUCCCCGUCUCCCCUGCCGCACACCGGGGUCCCUGCACCGCGGCCGCUACGACCGUCACGCUACGUCCCCGUCUCCGCGGCAACGUUCUUCCUGGUUGGCUCCACCACGCUCUUCUUCUGCUUCACGUGUCCGUGGCUGUCUGAGCGCUUCUCUGUGGCCGUGCCCAUCUACAAUGGGGUCAUGUUCCUGUUCGUCCUGGCAAACUUCUCCAUGGCAACGUUCAUGGACCCCGGGGUUUUCCCCAGAGCGGAGGAGGAUGAGGACAAAGAGGAUGACUUCCGUGCUCCUCUGUAUAAGACGGUGGAGAUCAGAGGGAUCCAGGUGCGGAUGAAGUGGUGCUCAACAUGUCGCUUCUACAGACCCCCACGCUGCUCACACUGCUCUGUGUGCGACAACUGUGUGGAGGAGUUUGACCACCACUGUCCGUGGGUGAAUAACUGUAUCGGUCGGAGGAACUACAGAUACUUCUUCCUGUUCCUGGUGUCUCUCACGGCUCACAUAAUGGCGGUGUUCGGCUUCGGCCUCCUCUUCAUCAUGUUCCACCGACAGAACAUCGACCGCCUGCACGCUAUCGUCACUCUGGCCGUCAUGUGCGUGGCCGGCCUCUUCUUCGUCCCCGUGGCUGGACUCACUGGUUUUCACAUCGUCCUCGUGGCUCGAGGAAGAACCACCAACGAACAGGUCACGGGGAAGUUCCGCGGCGGCGUUAACCCUUUCACCAACGGCUGCUUCAACAACGUGUCUCAUGUUCUGUGCAGCUCGCAGGCUCCCAGGUACCUGGGCAGGAAGAGGCCGGUGCAGAGUGCGUGUGUGCAGCCGCCCUUCCUCAGGCCGCAGCACUCGGACGGACUCGCCACCAAGAUCCUGGACAAUGGCAUCCACGGAGAGAUGCAUCGGUCCAAGUCGAGUCUGGAGAUGAUGGAGAGUCAGUCAUGUGACGCCGAGCCGCCGCCUCCCCCCAAACCCGAGCUGCGGUACCCGGGCCUCGGCCGCGGGAACAAUGAGGAGUGCAGCCUCCUGAACAAAACCCCGCCCACUCCCACCAUGUACAAGUACAGACCGACUUACAGCCCCGGCAAGAACCACACGGCGCUCACACACGCCUACGCCAACCAGCUGAGUCGCGGCGAGAGCGUGGGCAGUGCUCGGGACUCCUCCUCCUCCACCUCCUCGCUGCUGCAGUCCAGUCAGCAGCCGGGAUUCCGCUCCCAGCCCAGCCUCGAGCGCUCGCCCACGGACCAGCGCGCGGGCACCAGGGACUGUACCAGCGGGGGGGCCGGCGGGGCGACCGGUGGGGGGGCGGCAAGCAGCGGUAUCCCCGGCUACACUCUGGGCGGGCGCUCCUACCCCUCCUUCUCAGACGCCGUUGGGAACUGUAAACCCAACGCCACCGCGGCCAGCGCCGGCUUCGGUCCGAGCGCUCAGAGGAACGGGAGUCUAUCGUACGACAACUUGGCUUCGGACGAGUGCGAGAAGCCGCCGGAAACUGCGGCGCUUCAGCAGCAGCAGGAGAUCCAGUCGCCGCACCAUCAUCAUCAUCAUCAUCACCACGUGCCGUAUCUGCAGAGAUCCUCCUCCACUUCGUCGGCGCCAAACGACGUUCAGAUUCCGAGCCUGCACCAUCACCACCACCAUCACGCGCAUCACCACGGCAACACCAGCGCGCAUCACCACAGCAACACCAGCGCGCAUCACCACGGCAACACCAGCCGGCCGCCGCGCUUCUCCGCCGCCGCUACCACGCACCACCACCACGCGUACCCGUACCGCGCCCGCUCCACGGACGUUCCCCCCGGCAACGCUGUGGCGAGUGCACACAGCGCCCCCCCGCGCUCGCCACACGCUCCGCCGCUCGGGAAGUCGCUGUCGUACUCCAGCGCGGCGGCGGCGGAGAUGCAGUACCGGCUGGUGCGCAAGGCGUCGGCCAGCGCCAGUGCGAACGCAGCGAAUACUGGAGCAGGACACACCAACAAGGCUGAUGCGUCCGGCGUGCGUCCUCUGGGAUGGACCAAUGGCGGCUCUAGCUCCGCCCCCGUCUCUCCCUCUCACCCAAUCAGCGUCUCCGCUCGCCCCGGACUGGCCUAUCCCGGCUCGGCACUGGCCUCUAGCCCCGCCCACAGAGCCGGCCGCAGCGUGAAGACCGUGUCGGGCAUCGGAGGGACCACAUACGAGAUCUCGGUUUAG